CAUCAGCUGAUUUGAUUGCUGAAGAUGAGAGCUGAGCUUAAGGGUUCCCUCCUCUUCUAGGCUUUCUCCAGCAUGGCUUUACAGCAGAAUCUCUGCAGAUUAUGACGUCACGGCCCCUAGUUGGUGGACAUGGAAUGGAAUCAAUCGUCCAGGGAUCACCGGCUGGGAUUAAGUGCAGUUAGCCAGCAGUGGUCUGUUAGUGAAGGAUUGUGAGCCAUAGGUUGAGCCUGCACUGUCUAAACUGGGAAAAUAACCACAAUGGCUUGUCUUGUAUUGAAGUAACAGAGAAGGUUGUUAUGGAUGGUGGGGUUUGGAUGGCAGCAUCCUGAAGAUUAAGUGCCCGUGAUGUGUGUGGCUUGGGUCCUGGGGAACAACCCUUGGCUCCACCAGUGAGAACCCUGAGGGCCUGUCGAAUCUUGAAGACAACCACACCAGGAAGAUGAAGGUUAAAUGGACCAAGUUAGGUAUGGUGGUCUUCCUGCUGCUGUCCUUGGUCAUGACGGGAUGCUUUAUUUGGCAGUACAGAAUUCCCAAACUAAAAAUAGAAAAUGUUGUGAAAAUUGAAGUAAAGGAAGAAACUGCGUGCCCUCGUUUCCCUGAGCCAACACCCCUGGAACACCCGAUCGCUGCACUCAAGGAAGCCUUAGGAAAAGUAGAUGUUCUCCUGAGGUCAAGUAUUGAUGACACCAGACUACCAGCUCUGUCGGCCAUCGUUGUCUUCAAUGACUCUGUGCUGUGGAACGGAAACUUCGGCAGAAGGAAUGGAAGUGAUCCAUCGUCGCCACCACCCAACGAGUACACAGUGUACAGAAUUGCUAGUCUCUCCAAGAUCUUCCCCACACUGAUGCUCUACAAGCUGUGGGAGGAGGGAAAGGUGUCCUCCCUGGAUGACCCUCUGGAAAAGUAUGUAGCCAACUUCACCAUCAAGAACCCCCUGGGAAAACAGAGGGAAUUUGUGAAUGCGAAGGCUGGUUCUGACCGAGACAUCCGGCCACGUUUUCCCUCCGUCACGCUGCGCAGGAUGGCUGGUCAGCUCUCCGGAUUACCCAGGCGGCUUCGAGCUACAAAUCUACUCUGGGAUGGAGACACGGAGGCUGCUAUAGAUCUGUUACAGGACGAUGUCCUAGUGGCUGACCCUGGCACCAAAUGUCACUAUAGCAACGUUGCGUUCUCCUUAUUAGCUAAUGUCUUGGCCGCGAAAUUCGCAAAAUCUGGCUACCAGCGCUGGGUGUCUGACAACAUCCUGGAGCAGCUGGGGAUGGAGGACACGGGAUUCAACAUCACCCCUGCCAUUCAGAGCCAGAUGGCGGUGGGCGUGUACAGCAACGGCCAAUCGGCACCCCUCUACGAACUAGGAUGGUAUCAGCCAGCUGGCCAGAUGUACUCCACGGCGGCUGACAUGGCUAAACUGGCCAUGGUGCUCCUGGGGGCUUACAGGCGACCCCUCCUCACACAGGACACCCUGAAGACCAUGCUGACCCCGCUGUUCCGCUGCCAGCGAGGCUACUUCUCCAACUACACUGGCACGCCCUGGGAGGUUAACGAGCAGCUGGGCUAUGACGUGGUGCGCAAGGACGGGGACUUGGACGGCUAUGGCGCCACCUUCUCCCUGGUUCCACGGCUGAAGCUAGGCCUAGUGGUGCUGAUGGCCGGUGUGAGGCCGGCGGCUGGGGACGGUGACGUGGUCAGCCAGGCCUACAGCUAUCUCAUUCCUGCUAUGGAGAGGGCCUUCAGGGAAGCACGGCACAAGCUGUCCCCACCACCCGACCCAACCCCCUACGUGGGCCUCUUUACUUACCAGAACAUCACCUUUUAUGAGAUCAAGGCAGACUUGGAUGGGGUGCUGGUCAUGGAGCAAUUUGGACCUCAGGUGGACACCACGGUAUCAGUCAAGUACAGGACAAUCCGUCUGGACUUCCUCCAGGAGCGUGUAUUCAGGGUGGUUUUCCAGGGGGAGUACCCCUGCAAGCUGAAGGUUAACAGCAUGUCGGUGUCUCUGGAGAUUCAGGACAGGCAGCUCUUUAACUUCUAUUAUUUCAACAAGAAAGGUGUGUCAACUGGAUUCGACUCCCCUGGACUAAACACUUAUAAAGUCCUCCGGAUAGCUCAACGACCAAUCUUCAACAGUUGAUAAUCACUGAUCCCCGACCUGUUAAUAUGGUGAGAACUGACUCGAUCUCAGGUGGACCCCUAAGAGUCUGAACUACUCUGCAAAGAACCCAACUUGUUUGCCAUUUAAAAUGCCUACAUUUCAGCGUGUAUGAUGUCACAUGAACAGGUAAAUGUUUGUUAUUUUGACAGGGAAUGUCUGAGGGCCUUGCUCUUAUGUUUGGUAAAGUGGUGCAGUUGAUGAGACUGGUAAAAAAGCUAUCUUCAAUAUAAUUGUUGUCCUCCAUGCCCAUUAUAUCGUGUUGCAUGAAGUUCUUGUAAAAUGAUCCAUUGUUAAGGUCACAUGGAGGGUAAAUGUGUGAGUUGUGUUUUUUUUAAAUAUAUUUCUUUUUUUGUUUGUUAUUGUUUUCUUGUUACAGUAACAACAGAAGUUGCCAUCAAAAUGAGAGGUUUUUUCUCACAGCAAAAGACUGUAGUGAAUGCUCGGAAAGCUAAUGUCCACAGUUCUCAAUUUUAAUUCAAGUAAUAAGUGCCUCAAAGUAUCUUAGGAGAGAAAAUCCUUUUGUCCAGAUGUUUUGACUCAACAGUUUAAAGGGCCAGUACUGAGCACCUUGGCCUCCCACCUGUUGAGCUAAAGACUCCACGGGUCUCUCGCUGUUUGUUUUGUACAUACUCGUUUUCAUUAAGGGACUAAUUUCAGGUUGUGCAGAUAGAAUGAUUCAUUAUGAAUCCAAAUGCUGUCAACACCAAAUAUAUUGACAUCAGUUGGUCAAUUUUUGUUUAUUAAGCAAAAGGACAGUGACUUCAGAAUUAGAGACUCAUGUAAAAUGUUGCCCUCUGCCACUAUUUGUGUUUUAAAGUUAUCCCAGGGGAACCUUUUAAUCCCCACAAUCACCCUGUUUGACCCACCCAUGUGACCCAAGGAGAAGUUAAAGCAUUAAAGACUCUUAGAACAAGUUGACAUUGUGGGGAAAAAGUAAUUGACUGAAACUGUUGUCAAAUAAGAAUGGGAUAUUAAUAAGUUGACUGAAGUAUAACUACUACGUACAGUAUGUCUGUCCAGACUGAAUAACUGAAUUAUUGUAUAAAAAUAUUUAAAAAUUAUCCCUACCAAUGGCUAACAGAACAAAUUGAAAACUUUUGAUGAUUUAUUAAGAAGUUUAAUAAGCAAUCUAAUAUUUUUGAGAAACUGUGGAAUAGUGAGUAUCUUUUCAAAAUACUGUUAAACCGGACAAGCAAAAUUAUCAUUGUUAUAAUAUCCUGUUAUACUGUAUAUUAACACACUAUGUAUUGUCCUUGAGAGAGGACAGUUUCAUUAACCCAAUAAAACAUAAUUGUUGCCUCUC